GCGGCCUUUGUUACUCUCCGGAUGCAAAGCGGCAUCAGCUCCUUCCUCUCCCUGUCCCUUUUCCUUUGAGGAGGUGGUCGUAUAUUUCACUGCGGCAGAGUGGCUGGAUCUGGACCCAAGAGCUCUUCACAGGGAAGUCAUGCUGGAGAACUAUGGAAGCGUGACCUCUCUGGAAGAUGACAGUCAAAGGAAUGAGAAGGGUGAGGUACUUCAGCCGCAAUUGCAAGAUAAAGAUAAUAAUGAAGACUUGAAAGGAAACAUCAGGAAUCAAGGUGGACCUAAAAGAAAGAGAGCUAACUGUUUGGCUGAGAAGAGAGAUGGAAGAAAGUGUAAUGCACAUUUCCCAAUGCACAAUAUAACAAAGACAAGUAAAUCCAUUCAGUGUGGCAAGCACGUACAACAUAGCUCACAAAUUCUUGUGAACCAAAGAAUAAAAAGAGAAGAGAAACCUUUUGAAUGCUCUGAGUGUGGAAAGAAAUUCAGUCAGAGUAGCAAUCUUCAACAGCACAAAAUCACUCACACAGGGGAGAAACCCUUUGAAUGUUCAGAGUGUGGGAAGAGAUUCACUCAAAAUGGCAGUCUUCAGCUGCAUCAAAGAACCCACACAGGGGGAAAACCUUUUGAAUGCUCGGAGUGUGGAAAGAGAUUCAGUCAGAAUGGCAGUCUUCAACGGCAUCAAAGAACCCACACAGGAGAGAAGCCUUUUGAAUGUUCAGAGUGUGGAAAGAGAUUCAGUCAAAGUUACCAUUUUCAGUAUCAUCAAAGAACCCACACAGGGGAGAAACCUUUUGAAUGUUCAGAAUGUGGAAAGAAAUUCAGUCAGAGUGGCCAUCUUCAGCUGCAUAAAAGAACCCACACAGGAGAGAAACCUUUCAAAUGCUCAGAGUGUGGAAAGAGAUUCAGUGUGAUUGGCAGUCUUCAACUGCAUAAAAGAACCCACACAGGGGAGAAACCUUUUGAAUGCUUAGAGUGUGGAAAGAGAUUCAAUCAAAGUUACCAUUUUCAGUAUCAUCAGAGAACCCACACAGGGGAGAAACCUUUUGAAUGUUUAGAGUGUGGGAAAAGAUUCAGUCAUAGCAGCAGCCUUCUGUAUCAUCAAAGAACUCACACAGAGGAGAAACCUUUCACAUGCUCAGAGUGUGGAAAGAGAUUCUAUCAUCGUGGCCAUCUUCAAUAUCAUCAGAGAACCCACUCAGGGGAGAAACCUUUUGAAUGCUCAGAGUGUGGAAAGAAAUUCAGUCGGAGUGGCCAUCUUCAACUGCAUAAAAGAACCCAUACAGGGGAGAAACCUUUUGAAUGCUCAGAGUGUGGAAAGAGAUUCAGUGUGAUCAGCAGUCUUCACCAGCACCUAAGAACCCACACAGGAGAGAAACCUUUCGAAUGCUCAGAGUGUGGAAAGAGAUUCUGUGACCGUAGUAGUCUUCAUCGGCACCAAAUAACCCACACAGGGGAGAAACCUUUUGAAUGCUCCAAGUGUGGAAAGAGAUUCAAUGUGAUCAGCAAUCUUCACCAGCACCUAAGAACCCACACAGGAGAGAAACCUUUUGAAUGCUCAGAGUGUGAGAAGAGAUUCAGUGACCGUAGUAGUCUUCAGCGCCACCAAAGAACCCACACAGGGGAGAAACCAUUUGAAUGCUCUGAGUGUGGAAAGAGAUUCAGGAGGAGGAACACUCUUCAAGUGCACCAAAAAAACCACACAGGAGAGAAACCUUUUGAGUGUUCAGAGUGUGGAAAAAGAUACAGUUGGAGGGGGAAUCUUGAAGAGCAUCGAAGAACCCACACAGGGGAGAAACCUUUUGAGUGUUCAGAGUGUGGAAAAAGAUACAGUUGGAGGGGGAAUCUUGAAGAGCAUCGAAGAACCCACACAGGGGAGAAACCUUUUGAGUGUUCAGAGUGUGGAAAGAGAUUCAGUGCGAGCAGCAAUCUUCAGCACCAUCUAAGGACCCACACAGGGGAGAAACCUUUUGAGUGUUCAGAGUGUGGGAAAAGAUUCAGUACGAACGGCAAUCUUCAGCAGCAUCUAAGAACCCAUACAGGAGAGAAACCUUUUGAGUGCUCUGAAUGUGGAAAGAGGUUUAGUCAGAGUGGCCAUCUUCAACAUCAUCAGAGAAACCACACAGGGGAGAAACCUUUUGAAUGUUCAGAGUGUGGAAAGAGAUUCUUUACCAGUGGCAGUCUUCAAAGGCAUUACAGAACCCACACAGGGGAGAAACCUUUUGAGUGCUCAGAGUGUGGAAAGAGAUUUAGUGUGAGCAGCAAUCUUCAGCAGCAUCUGAGAACCCACACAGGGGAGAAACCCUUUGAGUGUUCAGAGUGUGGGAAAAGAUUCAAUACAAGCAACAAUCUUCAACAUCAUCAGAGAAGCCACACAGGGGAGAAGCCUUUUGGAUGCUCAGAGUGUGGAAAGAGAUUCAGUAUGAGUGGCACUCUACUACGACAUCAAAGAACCCACACAGGGGAGAAACCUUUUGAGUGUUCAGAGUGUGGAAAAAGAUUCAGUAAGAGUGACAGUCUUCAAUAUCACCAGAAAACCCACACAGGGGAGAAACCUUUUGAGUGCUCCGAGUGUGGAAAGAGAUUCAGUACGAGUGGUACUCUACUACGACAUCAAAGAACCCACACAGGGGAGAAACCUUUUGAGUGUUCAGAGUGUGGAAAGAGAUUCAGUACGAGUGGCAGUCUUCAAUAUCACCAUAAAACCCACACAGGGGAGAAACCUUUUGAGUGCCCCCAGUGUGGAAAGAGAUUCAGUGCGAGCAGCAUUCUUCAGCAGCAUCUAAGAACCCACACAGGGGAGAAACCUUUUGAGUGUUCAGACUGUGGGAAAAGAUUCAAUACAAGCGACAGUCUUCAACAUCAUCAGAGAAACCACACAGGGGAGAAACCUUUUGAAUGUUCAGAGUGUGGAAAGAGAUUCUGUACAAGUGGCAGUCUUCAAAGGCAUCACAGAACCCACACAGGGGAAAAACCUUUUGAGUGCUCAGAGUGUGGAAAGAGAUUCAGCCAGACUUGCCAUCUCCAUUACCAUCACAGAAUACACACAGGGGAGAAACCGUUUGAAUGCUCAGAGUGUGGAAAGAGAGUCAGUACGAGUGGUGCUCUACUACGACAUCAAAGAAUCCACACAGGGGAGAAACCUUUCGAGUGUUUGGAGUGUGGGAAGAGAUUUGGUAGGAGUGGCCAUCUUCAAUAUCACCAGGGAACCCAUACAAAGGAGAAACGUUUUGAGUGCUCUGAGUGUGGAAAUAGGUUUAGCCAUAGACGUAUUUUGGCUGACUCUUCCCCCAACGACCAUCUCCAGCAGGGCACCGCUGAGAUAAUUAGAAGCCACGCAAAGGUGUUCAAGGUCUUGGCAUAG